UGGUAAUGAUUAAAUUCUUUAUUUGCCUUUCAAGAAAGAUAGUUUAUGUAAUAAAAAAGAGCUUGCUUUGGAAUCCAUUGCAAUAUUGCUACCACUUACAACUAUAAAAGGGGAAGAAAGUUCUAUACAAAUUUACAAUUUCAAACCACACAUCAAAAUCCAAAUCACAGAAGGACAGAUUGCGAGAAUGGCCGAGGGAAAUGAGAAAGUAGUUCUUCAUGGAAUGUGGGGAAGCCCUUAUGUGAAAAGGGUAGAAUUAGCUCUGAAAAUCAAAGGGAUUCCAUUUGAGUAUGUGGAAGAAGAUUUGAGCAACAAAAGUCCAUUGUUGCUUCAAUACAAUCCAGUUCAUAAAAAGGUUCCGGUUCUUGUUCACAAUGGAAAACCAAUGUGUGAAUCACUGGUCAUUCUUGAGUACAUUGAUGAGACUUGGCCUAAUCUUGGUCCUCAACUUUUGCCCAAGGAUCCAUACCAAAGAGCUCAAGUUCGUUUCUGGGCUAGCUACAUCCAAGAGCUGUUGGACAAAUUGGGCAAAUUGAUUACUAAUGACAAGGAGGCGCAGAAGAAAGCAAUUGAAGAAAUUUAUGAGAAGCAAAAGAUACUUGAAGACGGGAUGAAGGAAUUUUUCUUCCCAACUGGGCAACCUGAAGUCAGUGUUGAAAAGUUGGGGAUUUUAGAGAUAAUGGUGGCAGUAACACUUGGAGCAUUCAAGAUUCAAGAGGAAGUGUUUGGAGUGAAAGUAAUUGAUCCGGAAAAAAACCCACUCCUUUUCUCAUGGGUGAAUGCUCUGAUAGAGCUGCCUGUGGUCAAGGAAAUUGCUCCACCUCGUGAGAAAGUGAUUGCUCUUUUUGAGUUUCUUUUGCAAAGGGGUAUCAAAUUGUAAUCCUGUUGAUCCAAACUGAAGAUGGAGCAUUAAGUUAUUCCGUUCCUCUGUCGGUUACUUAUUCUACGUUUUCUUGGGAAUCUUUUUAAUUGGCUUUUGUUUGUAGUUUACAGUAUUUUUCGUUAAUUAAUAAUACUAAAUCAUUUUAAGUCCCAAAAGGAUCACUUCAUACUUUUCUUGCCUUCCAUUAUAAUUGUCCCGGAAAGAGUAUCUAUAAUAAAAAUAAAAAUUUAGAUUAGAUAAUGAUUUUGAGAACGAUGGAAAUAAUGAAAUUUAUCACUUGUCUCCAUUUUUUUUUUUUUUUGGUGUUAAAUUGUGUACAUAUAAAGUAUAUAAUAUAAUGACAUAGCUGAGUAAAUUACAGUCAUUGGUUAAUAGUUAAAGCCG